AAUUUUGCAUCACUAAGCCAUCAUCGCCACCAACAAAACAGAACAAGCAGUAGUAUAAAUAUUUUGGAACUCGUGGACUACUUUCUUUAUCUCUAUUUUCAAUCUCUCUUUUUUUAUUAGCAGUCGUUUUUUGAAUUCUUGAAUUUGAUCAUGGAGGACAUUAACGUGGUGGAAGCUAAAGACGGAACUCUCUCUGUGGCAUCUGCAUUUGCUGCUCAUCAAGAAGCUGUUCAGGAAAGAGACCACAAGUUCUUAACAAAAGCAGUUGAAGAAGCAUACAGGGGUGUUGACUGUGGAGACGGAGGCCCAUUUGGUGCUGUUGUUGUUUGUAAUGACGAAAUAGUCGUGAGCUGCCACAACAUGGUUCUCAAACAUACAGACCCUACAGCACAUGCUGAAGUUACUGCUGUUAGAGAGGCGUGCAAGAAACUUAACCGAGUUGAACUUGCGGAUUGUGAAAUUUACGCUUCCUGUGAGCCUUGUCCGAUGUGUUUUGGUGCCAUUCAUCUUUCAAGAAUUAAGAGGUUGGUUUACGGAGCGAAAGCAGAAGCAGCCAUAGCUAUCGGAUUUGAUGAUUUUAUCGCGGAUGCGUUGAGAGGAACUGGAUUUUAUCAGAAGGCUCAUUUGGAGAUCAUAAAAGCCGAUGGUAAAGGUGCAGUUAUUGCAGAACAAGUAUUUGAAAAAACAAAGGAGAAAUUUACCAUGUACUGAUUGAUUGUUCAUUCUGAUUCAAUUUUAACAUGUACUACUUUGGAAUUUUCAUUGUGAUAAGAUGCAUUUCCAGUCUUGUUUUUCUUGACAGUUAUUAAGUAAUAAGCAUGCUUUAGGAUUCUUUUGCUCAA